GACCUUAAGGGAGGAUAUUUUGGUCAGGAGCGUUACAACGUGGUUGGUUGAGAUGUCUUGGUUGUUUGGCUUUGGCAAACAAACAUCAAAAGACUUCGACAUUCCUGGUGACGUCCCGCCACCACCAAGCCCACCUGCAAGUUUACAGGAUAAAAAGCAGUCUAAAGAUACGGCUUCUGCUUACCGAUUUGAUUCAGCUGCACUUGAAAGAGCUGCAAAGGCAGCUAGAGAACUUGAAUCAUCUAAACAUGCGAAGGAAGCAUUUGAUCUAUCUCAAAAACAUGAACAAACUUUACAGAUGGAAUAUCAAUCAAAAAUGAAGGAGUACGAGCUUGGAUUAGAACAGAUUAAAAUACAGCAAUAUAGAGCUCAGCAGGAAGAACGCAGGAAAACGCUAGAGGAGGAGGCGAGAAUACAAAAGCAGCGCGCCGAUUAUCAAGAUAUGCUGGCUCGUAAACGUCAGGAAGAUCAAAUAGCUUUACAGGCCAAAGCUCAGGCAGACAAUCUGAAAAAACAGGAGGAAUCCGUUCAGAAACAAGAAGCAAUGCGAAGAGCAACAAUUGAAUUUGAAUCGGAUCUUCGCCACAAGAAUGAAAUGAAACAAAUUGAAGCAAAGAUUAGGGGUGAAGCUGAAGUUGAACGACAAAAUCGUGACCUGCGCCUAGAACGUGCACGUGUUGACGCCCGAGAGUAUCGUCAAACGGUCUUGGAAUCCAUAACAACUGCUGGCUCUGUCAUCGGUAAUGGUAUCAGCAAUUUCCUGUCAGAACCUAACAAGAUGGCCACUGUCAUUGGUUCACUAACGUUAUUAGCUGGCGGCGUAUAUGGGGCUAAAUAUGGGAUCGGAACAUUUACUAAAGUUGUAGAAUCUCGUAUAGGUAAACCGGCACUUGUGCGUGAGACUUCCCGACUAAAUAUAGUAGAUACUUGUCGUCACCCUAUCAAGACAGCCAAAACGGUCUUUCAGCGUCCUACGGAUCCUCUAGAAGGUAUAAUUUUGCGACCUGAGUUGGAAGCAUCUUUGAGAAAAAUUGCAAUUGCAACCAGACAUACCAAAGCAAAUAGAGGCUUUUAUCGAAAUAUCCUAAUGGCAGGUCCUCCUGGUACUGGAAAAACUAUGUUUGCAAAGAGUUUGGCUAUGCAUUCGGGUAUGGAUUACGCGAUUUUAACUGGUGGAGAUAUUGCACCUAUGGGCAGUGAAGGGGUUACUGCAGUCCACAAAGUUUUCGAAUGGGCCAAAACUAGUCGUAAAGGAGUUUUACUUUUUGUGGAUGAGGCUGAUGCAUUUCUUCGUAAAAGAGACCAAGAACGAAUAAGUGAAGGUGUCCGAGCAACUUUAAAUGCAUUUUUGUACAGAACUGGAGAACAGUCUAAGAAAUUUAUGUUAGUUUUAGCCAGUAAUCAACCUGAACAGUUUGAUUGGGCAAUUAAUGAUCGUAUGGAUGAAAUUGUUCAGUUCACACUACCUGGUUUGGAAGAGCGUGAACGAUUGGUCAGGCAUUAUUUCGAUCGUUUCCUUCUUCAACCUUCGUUAACCAAAAGUCACCGUAUUCGCCUAGCUGAAAACAUAGAUUAUGCUGUAAAAUGUGCAGAGAUCGCUAAAAGAACGACUGGCCUCUCUGGACGCGAAAUUUCUAAAAUUGCAGUUGGAUGGCAGACAGCUGCAUAUUCCAGCGAAGACGGUGUUUUGACAGAAGGCAUGAUGGAUGCUGUUGUCGACAGUGCUAUUGCAGCUAAUCGUCAAAAACAAGAAUGGCGACACUAUAGACUUCCUGACGCGGUAGACGCUGUUCCAAACUAGUACCACUUACAAUAAGGAAGCUACCAGCUUUUGCAUUAUGCAUCACAUUUGUUAUUUACUAAUCUAUACAUAUGAUUCCCUGUGUACCUAAUCAGUAGUCUUUUUGAGAUAAGAUCAAGUAGCUUUUUCAAUCGCCAGAUAUAGUAUAAAAUUGUCAACUAAUUUUCUCCCUUAACAAAAAGCUUGUUAUGUCUGCUUUUUCUUCACGCAAUGAACCAACAAUGAAGCUUUUUUACAAAUUCAUUAAACGGUUCUGUGGGCACUUCAACGAUCUUUUAUCGUGUAUAUUGGGCUGGACAUUUUGAAAUAGACCACCAAAGUUUGAUUGUUUAUAGUCCG